GCGGGGCGGGGCGGAGCCGGGCGGGCGGACGGCGGAGGCGGAAGCGGCGGCCGCGGGGCGGGGAAGGAGUCCGGCCCUGCGGAGAGGAGCCGAGCCGGGGAAGAAAACAGCCUCCCGCGGAGCUCGGUGACAGAGGCAACCAAGAUGGCGCCGAAGGGGCACCUCUGGGCCGGGGCCCAGCUGGGGCUCCCGCCGCUGCUGCUGCUCACCGUGGCCCUGGCCGGGGGCUCGGGCACCGCCGCGGCGGAAGCGUUUGACUCGGUCCUGGGCGACACGGCGUCCUGCCACCGGGCCUGUCAGUUGACCUACCCCCUGCACACCUACCCCAAGGAAGAGGAGUUGUACGCGUGUCAAAGAGGCUGCAGACUGUUUUCAAUUUGUCAAUUUGUGGAUGAUGGAAUUGAUUUAAAUCGGACCAAACUAGAAUGUGAAUCAGCAUGUACAGAAGCAUAUUCCCAAUCUGAUGAGCAAUAUGCUUGCCAUCUUGGUUGCCACAGUCAGCUGCCGUUUGCUGAACAGAGACAAGAGCAACUCAUGACCCUGAUGCCAAAAAUGCAUCUGCUCUUCCCUCUGACUCUGGUGAGGUCGUUCUGGAGUGACAUGAUGGACUCCGCACAGAGCUUCAUAACCUCUUCAUGGACUUUCUAUCUUCAAGCUGAUGAUGGGAAAAUAGUUAUAUUCCAGUCUAAGCCAGAAAUCCAGUAUGCAUCACAGUUGGAGCAGGAAUCUACAAAUAUGAAAGAAUCAUCACUAGGCAAAAUGUCCUCAGAUCUGCAGAUGAGAAGUUCCCAAGCCCACAGGAGCUAUCUUGAGGAUGGAGAGAGUGAAGGUUUCCUGCGAUGCCUCUCGCUCAACUCCGGCUGGAUCCUGACCACAACCCUGGUCCUGUCCGUGAUGGUGUUGCUGUGGAUCUGCUGCGCGACUGUCGCCACAGCGGUGGAGCAGUACGUCCCCUCGGAGAAGCUGAGUAUAUACGGUGACUUGGAGUUUAUGAAUGAGCAGAAGCUGAACAGAUACCCUGCUUCUUCCCUGGUGGUUAUCAGGUCCACAGCUGAAGAUCAUGAGGAAGCAGGACCUCUGCCUACAAAAGUCAAUCUUGCUCAUUCAGAAAUUUAAGCUUUUUUUUUUUUUUUUUAGAAAAAAAAAUGUACUAGACAUCUGAACUUUCAUUUCUCAUUGAGCUUUUUAAAAAUGGGUUCAUUGGAUACAGGGCUUAAAAUCACUAUAAAAUGCAAAUAAAGUUACCAAAAGUUUGAAGACCA